ACAGAAGCAAAGCAUUGAAAAAAAAAAUGCAGAACCUGCGCAACUUCCACCCGACCAAUGGGGCCACACAGCCUGUCCCCAGGGUGUCCUUUUCGCCUCUCUACCCCCCUGGUGAUCCAAGGACCUCUGAACUUGCGUCAAUCAGGGAGGGUCUGGAUGCGGAGAGACCGCUCCAUCCCUUGAUGAGCCGAAAUCCGGGGUAUGGCGCAAGCGGUAAGUACCUCCUCAGCUGUCUCCUAUCGCAUCUCUAGUGUGGGGAGUGGCUAUGUGGGGGAUCUAUUGCGGCGCGAACCCGGUGGCUAGUGUCAUGGUAUCCAUCCCACUAGCGCGUACAUCGGUUCGGCCCCCUCUGCCGUUGGGAAAGGUCUAGUAAGGCUAUACACGGACGCCAUAAUGUCUUAGCUAGUCGUUCUGGGAGUGUUCUCCAUUCAUGUGGGGAGUACUCGUAGAGCAACCUGAAAGCUUACCGCGGGUGCCUUGCCCACUCAGUCCAACGAUCCCACCGGGAAGCCCCCCAAUACUAGAAAUGCGAUAGAGGCUCUUUGGUUUCCAAUUCUUGGACUACUUUUUUCUUUUCUGUUUUGCAAGUAGAAACUAACAAACCUGUCAAACCGCUCAGCGCAACCGGAGCACCCGGCCCCAUGGCAUUUCAGAGCCCAACCUGCCCCUGGCCCAAGUUCCUCUCUGCCAGCACUAUCUUCGCUUGGUGUGUCCGUGCCGUUUCCAGUAGAAGACGCGAUCGGCACCCCAUCUGCACUUCCAGCCCACCCGGGUCACCUCCCCAGUGCUCCGUCCUCACUCUUAACCGCCUCUAACCUCCCGCAGACAAACCCAUGCCGCGCUAUCGCUCACCUCUUACAUCUCAUCGCCGAAGUCCUCAUUGAGAGCCAGAACAUCCCCCCCGGGCCAGGGGCUAGUCCCAGUACUGUCGCUAGAGCCGCUCCUCUGCCCUGUCCUCUGCCAAACUUUCUUCCUGGCAAUGCUGCGCCUCCAAGAAGGUACGAAUCAGACGCCGUUCUACGCCCCCGCGGGGGUCACGGAGCGGAAAGGCCAUGGAGAGUGAGCAAAAAAAAAAAGAGCCAGAAGAAUGACAACGACCACCCGCCUUCCAAGAAUGGCGGUGAGUCCAGGUCUAAGAGGGGCGCCAAUUGCGACGUUCAAGGGAAGGGCUCCCAAAAAAAUCAGGCUGGCGACUCCAGAGAAGGAAACCCUUCUGGGAGAGCCUGAGAGUAUUUGGGAGUAAUGACAAGGUUGUGGGGUUUUAUUCGGUUGUUUGGAUAGCUGUAUCUGCUCACGGUACUUCAUCGCUAUCGAUGGUAUUAAGAUUGGAGAAGGGUUGCUUGCGUACUUUCCUUCUCUCCCUUCUACGCGUCGCGAUACUUGAAGUCCGUUAGUGUGUAUUAGCAAUUGACAGGCCCGCAUUCAGGCCGGGGUCAUCAAUGGAUAGAUUCUCAA